GAAGAGGACAAGUGCGAUCACAUGGAUCCCCAAAAACGACAGCAUUGGGCUCCGCUUGAACCAGCUCAAAAGUUACAACCCCAUUGACAAAAAACGUCGCUGGUUCUCCUUUCAAUCGCAAACAUGGAUUCUCUCAUCGACCUCUCAAAGAAUUCCCUUUACAUUUCCUUGGCAUCCAUCUUCUUCAAUCCUAUUUUCUGGAACAUCGUUGCCCGAGCAGAGUACCGUAACCAAGUUCUUACCAAGUUGGCUGGUGGAAACCCUUACCUUGGAUGCUAUGGCUUGGCUGUUACCAUCUUUUCUAUUGGUAUUAUCCGCGAUUACUUGUAUAAAUUAGCCCUUGAGGAGCAGCCUGCACACCCCCUUCUCCAGACCGAAGUUGCCAAGCUGGCAGCCGUCCUGAUUUUUGCCACCGGCAACGUCUUGGUGCUUUCAUCUAUGUGGGCUCUCGGUGUUACUGGAACCUACCUCGGUGACUAUUUUGGCAUUUUGAUGAAGGAGAGAGUCACGUCAUUCCCCUUCAACGUGUGCGAGAACCCCAUGUACGUUGGCUCUACCUUGACUUUCUUGGCCACCGCCCUAUGGUAUGGAAAGCCUGCUGGUAUCGCAUUGUCUGCCAUUGUCUAUAUCUUCUACCAAAUUGCUCUUACGUUCGAAGGACCUUUCACUACCAUGAUCUACCAGAACAAGGACAAAGACAUUAAGCGACGUAAGGCUGCUCGUGCCAGCAAGAAAGAGCUCUAAAAAAAAAUACCUGCAGAGCCAUUAGAAAAUACAAAAGUUAAAUUCUUUAAAAUAAAAAACAAUAAGAUCCUUUUCAAAAUACUUCCUUCCAUGCUAGACGUCACAUGACCUAGGCUGGUUGCAACUUACAACUCAAUUUGAAAAAUGGCACUUUGUACCACACUCCUUG